AUGGACCCCAUAAACGAGAGGAAAAUGUUUCAGCAGCUUGUCAGAGCUGCCAGCCAAAUUAACACGCCACAAUGCUUCCUUCUGACGGCCAAGCUUCUACCUGAUCUGGAGUACAGCGAUGCCUGCAGCAUUCUCAACGUUAUGAACGGUCCAUGGAUUGAGGAGCCAGCAAAAGCUUGGAGCUCGGGGGAUUGUUGGAGGACAGUGGUCAGCGCUGCUGGGCACUAA